GAUGAGCAUCAAAAGGAGCAUUCCUGUGGUGAAGCACAUCAUCAGGGACAGCGAUCUGGUAACCAGACAGGAUAUAAGGCCUGUGGAUUUGAAUUGGGUCGUUAAUCUAAUAGAAGAUCGAUUCUCAUGCAACCUUGUUGAUAGACAUCUGCAUGCUUUGAAGAGGGUGGUGAAACAUUAUCAGUUUGGUUUUCCGAUUAAAGACUUGGUUCAAGUCUUUAAAAUUCUUAAUCUUUGUGCAGAAAAAGUAAAAGAUCAGGAUGCCUACAUACAGCCAAUAUGUGAAAUCCUCAAACUGUGUGGCUUACCGUUUCUAAAGAAGAAGUCAUCUGACGAGUCUAACUUUGCCCAAGUUGUCUCUGAGUCUAUUUCACAAAUGGGUUACUUGCUGAGGGUACCCAGUGCGGAGGUCCGAUUACAAAUCUGUGACUCCAUCAUGAGACUGUAUUCCAAAGAAUCACCUAAACAGGAAAUUGAAGAAUAUUAUCCAACAAGUAAAAGCUACAAUAUGCAAAUGAUUGAAGAGAGCGCUGUGGUAGAAACCCUGGUCAUGGGGCUUACCCUUGUUGGAAAUCAACCAAAAGUCAAGUUACGGAUAAUCCAGACCCUGCAGUGUCUUUCACGUUCAUCUGCUAUGAACUGUAACUUGAUGUUGAAUGCACUGGCAGCAAAUAAAAUCUGCCGCAUCCUGAAUGAUCCAGAUCCAUCUGGCCAACUUUUGUUUUGUUUGUCUGACGUCCUAUGGAACUUACUCGAACAGGCCUCUAAACAGGAACUUGUUAAACAGCUGAGUGAUUUUGAAUGUAUCUAUGCUAUGAAAGAAGCCUUUUUGAACCAAAUGGUAAAUGGUCAUAGUAAUUCCGACCGCCAGCUGCGAAAUGAUUUGCUAGUAAUAACUACAAAUCUAGCGGAGCAUCCUAUGAUUCCAUUGAUUGAAACAGGCUUUACUAAGCUACUGAUAAUGUUUGCUGUAUUUCCUGAAGUGAAGAGCCAUAACCCAUUGGUUCAGGGCCUUAAAAUUUCCAGCAAUCAUGAAGACUUUGAAAUGAAAAAAAUAUUCUUCAACUUGCUUGUUGCUUUGACAAAUGAUCUUGCUUCUGUACAGCUGCUUAGUGAAGGAGGAGCCUUACUGGCCCUGUUUCAUUACGUUCAACCAAAUGAGAAUCCUGGAAUUCGGGAUUGGUCUCCUGCCCAGUAUGAAGAGCUUCAGCUUCAUGCCUUGGCUACUUUGAUCUCAGUGGCUCCAGUCAUGGUGGAUGAUUACAUGAAAUGCCAAGGAAAUACCCGUCUUCUGCUUCUGUUGGAUUGGUGCGUAAGUCAAGAUCCAUAUUAUGGUAAAGGGAAUUCAUUCCAUGCUGCUGGUGGCCGUGGCAGUAAGAAAGCUCAAAUGUGCUACUGUCUAAGACUCCUAAGAUCUAUGGCAUCCCUUGGUGAAGAGUUGAUAAACCAGAAUUUGCUCGACCAAGGAAUUAUUUCUCAACUUCUAGAUAUUCUGAAAAUCAUGAUAAACAGCUCAGAGAAAGAAACAAAGAUUAAUUUGGAUGUGCAAACUGACAUCCUCAUCAUCUUAUCCAGCAUAUGUGAAAAUGAUAUUCAUAGAAAGGAGCUUUUUGGUGCCUUCGGAGUAGAUAUUCUGGCCAAUCUAUUAAAGAUUGACCCAAACAAGUUCUAUAGUGGCAAGGGUCACAACAAGCUUAUACUGGCAACCGUAGACUGUAUCUGGUGCUGCAUUGUUGGGUGCUACACAGCCGAAGACAGCUUCCUUGAAAUGGGAGGCAUUUUUCUUCUAUUAGAUUUGCUUGAAGCAAGCUCAAAGCGCAUGCAUGGUUUGAUACUUGGAACCCUACUUGAGUUAUGUGACAACCCAAAAACAACUUCUCACAUAAAUGUAUGGCGUGGAAAACAUGAUUCUACAGCAGCUAGUCUUCUACUACAUCUUUGGAGGGAAGAGGAGAAAGAAAUGCGAGUCAAGCGGGAUGAACAUGGGAGAAUUUUAGAUGCCAAAAAGCCUCUGCUUGGAAUUACACAGGAUGCAUAUGGAACAAUCACUUUACCAUCCAAUCGCCUCUGUCCUACAGUAAUUGAUCUUGCUGAAAAUUCAAGGGUGAAAAUUUAUUCUAUUUUCUGUAAAUUAGGUUUUGAAGAUCUACCUGGUUUGUCUGCACAUGAUUAUGUCACACUUGCCAUUGUACAUGGAUACCUAGAUUUCAUGGUGGGAUGCAUAUGGAAUGAAGUUGAGAAGGAACUUAAGCAGGAAUCAGUCCAUCCAGUUGCAGCAGAUUUGGACAGCAUGCAUAUUAUUUUGAAGCAUUAUGAGAAUCUUAGCCGGCAAAUUGCUCACUAUCAAACUGAUAUACUUGAAAACCAAGAAAAACAGGAUACAUACGAUGAGCAGAAAAUGUAUUCAGAGAUACAACACAACCACAAACAAAGAGAAAUGUUCAAGAAGUCAAGGCAGGAGUAUGUGGCCAGGACAUCAAACUAUGAAACCUUGAAGAAAGCUAAAAAGGAUCAAGAACAGGGCAUAGAAUUGUCCAAGGUGAAGAAGAAAGAUUUGAGUCUUAUUAUCCAUAAGACUGAAAUUGCAGGUUUACAUACAACUGGUUUCUGGGGACGUUUGGUGUCAAUACAAAGCACACCGAAGGAGUUACUAGGAGGUCCAUUUUCACCUGUAAAUCUCAUGACAAAGGAAAUGUGCAGAGAUGGUCCAGCAAUGAAAAAUGGGGAUACUGGAAGCAAACUUAAGGGUUCUUCAUGUUCUGUAUCUGUAAAAUGAGUUCUAGACAUUGAUUAGAUUAAAUUCUUUAUGGAUACAGUUUGUAGACUUCUAUCAUGUUUUAGUUUUUAGUUAAUUAAGAGCAAAUUUCUACGCAGCAAAUUGUUUUCGACUGACUAAAGUUAUUUACAGGCCUUUAUAUAAAUUUUGUGAACUUUAUAAAAGUCAAAGAGCAAAAUUAAGAAAAACUAUAAACAAAAACUGGAGGCAGUCAAUAGGCCAGAUAGCCCCUCCAGCAAAAACAAAGAAGUUAAUAUUCCACUUCCUGAAUUGCAUUUGCAAUAAGUAGAUGAUUAGUCACACAAAUAGAUAUAAAUGAGUAUAAUAUAGUUGGGAUUAUGGACAUGCGGCUGCAAGGUGACGAGGGUUGAAAGCAAAAUAUCCAGGGAUGUACAGUUUUUUUUUAUGAAGGACAGACAAAAAGGAAAGGGAGGUGCGGUAGUCUUGCUGGUUAAAUAGGAAUAUAAACCAAUAGCGAGGAAGGAUGUUAGAUAUUAGUGGAAACUGCGUGGGUACAGCUGGGAAACACCAAGGGAAGGAAACAAUUGUAAGCGUUUGAUAUAGACCCUCAAACUGGUGGUAAAGUUGGGGGAGACAUUAAAAGGAAAUUAGAGAUGCAAGCAAUAAAGGUACAGUUAUAAUUUAAUUUUAACUUUAAUUGGCAUAUUGAUUAAGCAAAUUAAAUGUGUAAGGACCGUAGAGGAGGAAUUCCUGAAAUGUGUAUGAGAUGGUUUUCUGGAUCAAUACAUUAGGGAACCAACUACAGAACAGGCCAUCCUAGAUUGGAUAUCGUGUAAUGAGAAAGGAACAAUUGGCAGUCGAGUUGCACAAGAACCCCUGGGGAAGAGUGAGCACAAUAUCACAGAAUUGUUAUAGUCCAUUAUAAAACAUUUAAUAGCAGACCACUUUGAAAAUAGUGACAGGAUAGGAAAGAGCCAGAAGGGAUUUACAAAAGGAAAAUCACACUUGACAAAUUUGCUGGAAUCUUUUGAGUAUCUGACCAAACUUGAUAAAAGCAAGGAGCCAGUGGCUUUGGUUUACUUACACUUUCAGAAGCUUUUUGAUAAGGUCUCACAAAUGAGAGUAGCAUGCAAAACUAAACCGCAUGAUAUUGGAGGAAUAUUCAAAUAGGAAUAGAGAACUGUAUGGCAGACAGAAUAAAAGGGUAGAAGUAAAUGGAUUUUUUCCUAGUGGCAGGCAGUAACUAGUGGGGUACCGUAGAGAUCUGUGCUUGGACCCUAACUUCACAUUGCAUAUUACUGAUUUAGAUGAGGGAAUUAACUAUGAUAUCUGUAAAUUUGCAAAUGGUACAAAGCUAGCUGGAAGGGCGAGCUCUGAGGAGAUGCUUCAGUGUCAUUUGAACAAGUUGAGUGAGGGGGCAAAGGCAUGGCAGAUGAAGAAUAAUGUGAAUAAAUAUGAGAUUAUCCACUUUAGUAGCAAAAACUGGAAGAUGGAUCAUUAGCUAAAUGAUGACAGGUUGGGAAAGUGAAAUGAACAGUGAGGUCUGAAUAUUCUUUAACCUGUGCAGCUUUCAUGUGACACCAAAGCUUUUCACAAAUAUGCUCUCCUGUACAUUAAAGUUGCCAGAGCAAUGGUGGCAGAAAACCAAAGAGGAGGGAUUGCCAAUUUUUGAAGCAGGAGAAGUACAGGUGAUUUUACAAAUUAUGUCUCCAUUGGACAAACCUGCACCCUUUCUUAACUGUAAAGAAUUUCACUUUGUAAAUGUCCAGAACCUAGUGGCUCAAUCUUAGACUGUUGCCAGGGAUGGAGUCAGUAACUGCUGAGUAGAGUUUGGAGCAGGAUCAGAAAAUAAUGGUGUGAAUCUUCUCAGUGUGGAGGAAAUGUAUGCCCAUCAAUUACUGGAUACCAAAUAAGCAGUCUCAUAAUUUAGUAAUGUGAUGGAUUCAAGAAAAGUGUUUGUAAAAUAGAACUGGGUGUCAUCACAAUAAGAGACCACAUGUUAUUCCUUCUUGGAAUAUAAACUGAAAUGGAAGUCAGAUUGCUAUCAGUGAAAUUCUAGAAGAGUUUUGUAAAUUAGAGAAAUCAAGUGGUGCACAACUUCAGCACACAAGAAAAUGUUACUUUCUGUAGCAGUGAGAUUGUUACAUUCAUACUAACAGUUUUUGAAUUUGGGAAAAAUUCCCUCAGGAGAGCCCCCAGAUUGAUCAAACUACAGUUUGCUACAGAUUUGUAAGUGCAGAUCCAUCAGAGAUCUCCAUAGCUGGCAAACUGAAAAUAUCUCCCUCUGGCUUCGCCUAGUAUGAGUGAAAAGAUAAAACAAAGAAUUCUUACAAGAAAAGACUUAGGUCUACUGGAUCAACUAUUGAAUUGUGGAACAACCAGAGUGCAUCAUUGCUGAAUUGAAAAGGAACUUUGAGAGAUAAUUUAACCCACACUUGUGAUCUGGACUUCUGAUCUUGCGAAUUUUGUUUUCCCAGUCUGUCUUUUCCCAACCAUAAGUGUUUGUGUCAAGCCAUUAGUCUUUAAUAUGUUUUAUUUAUGAAAAAUUAUGUUUAUACUUGAGGUUUUAAAGGAUAUAGUUUAAAUCACAUUGUAAUA